AUGUCCAAACCACCUACACCAACUGAAAAUUCUUCUGUCGAUCUUACUAACGAAAAUGUUGCUACCACUACUCCUCCACAAACAAAUGGCACUUCCACCACUACUACUAUUUCCAUUUCACAAACUAAUGGUACUUCUUCUCCCAUUUUACAAGUUAAAAAAACUAAAAGAAAACGACCUAUCGAAUACAUUGAAGAUGACAUCCUUGAUGUUGAGCAGCAAAUUAUAAAAUUGAAAAAAAGAAAAAAAGAACUUGAAAACGAAUUAAUCGAAGCCAAAGAAGAAUUAAAGGCAAAACAUUUAAAGAAAAAAUUGAAACAAUAUGAGUUUAAUGAAUAA